GUCUUAAAUAUAUUGUUAUUUAUUUUUUUUUAGGUGUCCAUUUGUGAUUUGGAUGAAGAAAAUGGAGAAUUGCUUGCACAGCAGUGCAACUUAAUGUAUGGCCACAACCGGGCUUUAUUUUGCUUAUGUGACGUAACAGAUUAUCCACAAUUUGAAGCUGCUUUCCAAACUACUGUAUCUGUGUUUGGUGGCUUAGACAUAGUCGUCAACAAUGCAGGAAUUUUCAAUGACAGAUUUUGGGAGCUGGAAGUUGAUGUAAAUCUCAACGGUGUGAUUCGAGGAACACUGCUUGCACUCUCCUUUAUGGGCAGGGAUCGUGGAGGAAGAGGAGGUACAGUGGUAAUAACUGGCUCAACUCUGGGACUGAGGCCUUGUGCUUGUGUGCCGAUAUACACUGCCACCAAACAUGCCAUCAUUGGUUUUACAAGAUCCUUUGGGGACCCAUUUCAUAUGAAUUUGUCUGGUGUUCGGAUCAUUGCUCUUUGUCCUCAAUCGACAUGCACUGAAACCAAUGCAGAAGAUAUGAAGAAAGGAAUUCUCUCACCUGCCUAUGAACCAGUGUGGAGGAGAGAAUAUGAAAACAGGCCUUUCCAGCCGGUUCAAAAUGUUGGAAGGGCAUUGAUACAUGUUCUCGUGAAAGGGACCAGUGGAUCAAUAUGGACUGUAGAUAAUCAGAAUCCACCAAGAGAAGUCAAAUUUACUUCUUCUCCGUAAGCUUUUUCCAAUAAAAUCCCUAUUUUCAAUACACUUCAUCAUUUAGUUACGCUAAAUGUCAUAAUUUGUUUUGUAAUUUUUUAAUUUUAU